GAGUUUCCUUUCCCUCUGUCACCCAGGCUGGAAUGCAGUGGACACAAUCAGGGCUCCUUGCAGCCUCAACCUCCUGUGCCCAAGUGAUCCUCCCACCUCAACCCCCUAAGUAGCUGGGACUUCAGGCAUGCACCACCAUGCUCAGAAGAGGAAGAGCUGAUAACUAGCGGUAUGAAUUUUUUCCCGAGAAACUUUGGAUUCCGACAGACUCGAGGCUACAAGAGCUUAGCAGGGCGUCUGAGCCACGCGCCCCUGGUGCUGCUGCUCCUCUUCUUCACACUCUUCACUGGGCUCCUGGUGGCCAUCCUUGUCCAAGGUUCCAAGAACCCCAGCUCCCAGAGGCAGGAGCAGUCCAAGCAGGAGGAGAUCUUCCAGGACCUGUCCCAGCUGAAGGCUGCAGUGGAACGCCUGUGCCGCCGCUGCCCCUGGGAAUGGACAUUCUUCCAAGGUAACUGUUACUUCAUGUCUAACUCCCAGCGGAACUGGCACGACUCCAUCACUGCCUGCCAAGAAGUGGGGGCCCAGCUCGUCGUAAUCAAAAGUGCUGAGGAGCAGAACUUCUUACAGCUGCAGUCUUCCAAAAGUAACCCCUUAGCUUGGAUGGGACUUUCAGAUCUAAAUCAGGAAGGCACGUGGCAAUGGGUGGACGGCUCACCUCUGUCAUCCAGCUUCAAGCAGUAUUGGAACAGAGGAGAGCCUAACAAUAUCAGGGAGGAAGACUGUGUGGAAUUUAACGGCAAUGGCUGGAAUGACGACAAAUGCAGUGUUGCCAAAUUCUGGAUCUGCAAAAUGUCUGCAGCCUCCUGCUCCAGAGAUGAAGGGCGGCUUCUCCCCUCAGCCUCUGUAUCCCCGACUGCCCAUGCAGCAUAGCGGAACUUCACCACUUUUAAGCCAGGGUUCCUUCCCUCCAUCCUUGGACCGUCACAAAAUCUCUGGGACCGUUCUCUAUCAGAUUCUUUAUUUUUGUUUUGUGUUGUGAGAUAGGGUCUCUGUCACCCAGGCUGGAAUGCAGUGGCAUGAUCACAGCUCAUUGCAGCCUCAGCCUCCUGGGCUCAAGCGGUUCUCCCACCUCAGCCUCCUGAGUAGCUGGGACCACAGGUGCGCAUCAAGCCCUGCUAAUUUUUACACUUUUUGUAGAGACAAGAUCUUGCUAUGUUGCCCAGGCUGGUCUUGAACUCCUGAGCUCAGGUGAUCUGAUGGCCUUGGCCUCCGAAAGUGCUGGGAUUACAGGCGUGAGCCACUGUGCCUGGCCUCUGUCAAAUUCUUCAUCCCCAUGGGCCUGGGUCCAGUCUGUCCUUCUUCGGAUGUCUCCAAGGUCCCCUGGUGUAGAGCUUGCGUUUCUGGUUCAUCUUUGGAGCUUUAUAAGUGACCUGGUGUGGAAUGCCUUUGGAGAGUCGGCUUGGUGUGUUCCAUUAACCUACUCUCUCUUUCUUUUGGAGAUUAGAGGAUUUGGAUUGCCAUGUGUAGCUGCUACGUCCCCUGAGGCUUUAUCUCAUCCGUGCAAACUACCAUUUGCUCAAUUUCUGUCUACCAGCCCCUGAACCCCUUUGACUGGGGACUUACUGGUUGCCAGAGCUCAUCUUGCAGGCUGGAAGCACCAGGGGAUUAAUUCCCCUGGUCAACCAAUGGCACCCAGAGAGGGCAUAGAGCUUCCACGCAACCCCUUCCACCCCCACAUCCUCCUUUCUUUUAUGCAUCUCUUCCAUUUGGCUGUUUCUAAAUUGUAUCCUUUAUAAUAAACUGGUAAACACUGUAGCCACAGAAGUAGCCCAAUCUGGUUCAACUUUGUGUAACAAAAUGGCCAGUUAUUUUUCAGUUGCCAUAGACACCCAGGUUGCAAGUUACGUACCUUGAUCAUGCCCAAAUGAACCAAGCAAGCAGCUACGGGCAGAACCUAAGUGUUCGAUGCAACAAAUGGGGACUGAAUUAAGAAGUGGACACCACAUGGCAUGAUCUAUGAUCCAAUCAGAUUGCACUCUGACAUCAUCCCAUGGUAUGAUCCAAUCAGAUCAAGCCUCCCACAUCACCUCAUUACAUGAUCCAAUGAGGUUACGCUUCACUACCCUCUGUAUGUAAAAUGUGCAGCAGCCCCCAGCUCAGAGAGACAGAUGUGAGCCAGACUAGUCUCUCCUUGCUUGGCUGCCUUGAAGUAAACUUUUAUCUCUACAAAAUCUGUGCUUUGUUGUUUGGUUUUCCUUUGCGCAUGGGUAAACAGACCCAAUUCAGUUCUGUAAGAACAUAAGCAAAAUGUUUUCCUGAGUUCUGUGAGUCAUUCUAGCAAAUUACAGGACCUGAAAGGAGUUGUGAGAACCCCCAAUUUUUGUUGGGCAGGCGGAAGUGUGGGUGGCCUGGGCACCCCCUUUGCGCCUGGAAUCUGAAAUAGGGUUAUUCCUGUGGGACCGGGCUUUUUUAACUUGUGGAAUGUGGUGCUAACUCCAGGUGGCCAGUGUUAGAAUUAGAUAAUAUUUUGGUGUAAAAAAGACUCUACAAAUGCCACCUCCCUUCUACCAGUGUUGACCCCAAGGACAUUCCUUCAUAAGCAGCUUGCAGGCUAAAUUCCACCUCAUUUAGAGUCAACCUUCAACAGACAGGGGAACUGUAAAGCUUGUCUGUACCAUCUCCCUGGAGUGCAGAGGCUCCCAGAGGAGCUGAGUCCAGUCACCUAUGUGGGUCAGAAGCUCGUUGAUGCCUCUGGAUUGACUUUCUUCCUUUCCCUACUUGACUGUCUUCACUUUUUCCCUCCUCUACUGAUGCUUCUUGGAAUCUCCUCCCAGAUCAACUACUUGUAUCCAAACCCUUGUCUCAAGCUCUGCAUGUAAGGAAACCCAAGCCAACUUAUAAUAUUUUGAUAACUACUAGGCAUGGCACUUGGUGUGGGUGUGUCGGUUGUGUUUGUGUGUGUGUGUGUGACGAUCUCACUUUUUCACCCAGGCUGGAGUGCAGUAGUGUGAUCACGGUGGCUCACUGCAGCCUCGAUUUCCCGAGCUCCACUGAUCCUCCCACCUCAGCCUCCUAUGUAGCUGGGACUAGAGGCAUGCACCACCACAACUGGCAGAGUUUUUUAUUUUUUUGUAGAGACAAGGUCUCAGUAUGUUGCCCAGGCUGGUCUCGAACUCCUGGGCUCAAGGGAUCCUCCUGCCUCAGCCUCCCAAAAAGCUGAGAUUAUAGGGAUGAGCCACCAAGCCCUGCCCUGUUAUGGUUCUUCUUUAUUCAAAAUGUUCUCAGCCACUCUUGUGAAAUAUUUUAGAUGAUUUUUAAAUUACUCUAUCUUUAAACCUUUUAUUUUGCUUUUUGAAUGUCAGUCGUGCACAUGGAACUGAAACAUUAAGCUCUACAGUGAAAACAAAAGCUGGCUCACUUCUCAUUCUCUGACCGCAAGAGGUUAUUCUCCCUAGUUGCAACCUCUUUAUCAUAUUCCAGAUAAUCUGCUUGUCAGGUUUGUUUUUAAAUCUGUUUGGCAAUCCUUCAAUAGAAUUUUGAAAAAUCUAUCUGUGAGCAGACAGAGGCUGAGGAUUUUUAGGAACCUACUCUGUAUGUCUGAUACUGUAAUGGUGAAUAUAUGUCAUUAUACAUUCGUCCAAAACCAUAGAACGUAGAACACCAAGAGUGAACCCUCAUCCAAACUAUGGACUCUAGGUAAUAAUGACAGGUCAAUAUCAGUUCAUCAAUUGUAAUAAAUACAACACUUGGCCAGGCCAAGUGUUCUUCUUAUAUGAGGUAUCCAGAUAAACUCAUAGCGAAAGAAAGCAGAAUGGUGAUUAUCAGGGGCUAGGAAGGGAAGGGAAUGGGGAGUUAGUGUUUAAUGCGGUCAGAGAUUUAGUCUGGGAAGGUGAAAAAAGGUGGAGAAAGUUGGUGGUGAUGGUUGCCCAAUAAUGUGAAUGUACUGAAGUCACUGAAUCAUAUUCUUAAAAAUGGUUACAAUGUUGGGAGGCCAAGGCAGGCGGAUCACUUGAGGUCAGGAGUUUGAGACCAGCCUGGCCAACAUGGUGAAACCCUGUCUCUACUAAAAAUACA